CUCUCUGCCUCCGCGUCUCUCUGCACACUCCUGUGUUGGCAUUUCCGCCCCUUCUCCUGUUCUCAUGGCUCGCCCCGGGUCACUUCUGUGUUUAUCCCUGGCCCUCGGCUCCCAUCUCGGUCUCGUUUCCCCUCCACUCUCCCGUGCCUCUGCCUGUCAUCUCUGGUGCUGGCCUCUGCCUCUCCAUCCCCACAUCCAUGUCUGUGCUGGGUCCUUCCCACCGUGUCUCACUCCCACUCAUCUCGGCCGCCUCUGUGCCCGUCUAAGCAGCAGCGUCCCAUCCAGCCCUCUUUCACCAAGUCCCUCUGCCGUGAGUCCCACUGGAAGUGCCUCCUGCUCUCGCUGCUCAUGUACGGCUGCCUGGGGGCAGUGGCCUGGUGCCAUGUCACCACGGUGACCCGCCUCACCUUCAGCAGCGCCUACCAGGGCAACAGCCUCAUGUACCAUGACAGCCCCUGCUCCAACGGCUACGUCUACAUCCCCCUGGCCUUUCUGCUCAUGUUGUACGCUGUCUACCUGGUGGAGUGCUGGCACUGCCAAGCCCGCCAUGAGCUACAGCACCGCGUCGACGUGAGCAGUGUGCGGGAGCGCGUGGGACGCAUGCAGCAGGCCACGCCCUGCAUCUGGUGGAAGGCCAUCAGCUACCACUAUGUCCGCCGCACUCGGCAAGUCACCCGAUACCGCAAUGGAGACGCCUACACCACCACCCAGGUCUACCAUGAGCGCGUCAACACGCACGUGGCAGAGGCUGAGUUUGACUAUGCGCGCUGCGGUGUCCGCGACGUGUCCAAGGCGCUGGUGGGGCUGGAGGGCGCACCGGCCACGCGGCUGCGCUUCACCAAGUGCUUCAGCUUCGCCAGCGUGGAGGCCGAGAACGCGUACCUGUGCCAGCGCGCGCGCUUCUUCGCCGAGAACGAGGGCCUGGACGACUACAUGGAGGCGCGUGAGGGCAUGCACCUCAAGAAUGUGGACUUCCGCGAGUUCAUGGUGGCCUUCCCGGACCCGACCAGGCCGCCGUGGUACGCCUGCUCAUCGGCCUUCUGGGCCGCGGCGCUGCUCACGCUGUCGUGGCCGCUGCGCGUGCUGGCCGAGUACCGUACGGCCUAUGCGCACUACCACGUGGAGAAGCUCUUCGGCCUGGAGGGCCCAGGCUCCGCGGCGAGCAGUGCAGGCGGCGGCCUAAGCCCCAGCGACGAGCUGCUGCCCCCGCUCACCCAUCGCCUGCCGCGGGUCAACACGGUGGACAGCACGGAGCUCGAGUGGCACAUCCGCUCCAACCAGCAGCUGGUGCCCAGCUACUCGGAGGCGGUGCUCAUGGACCUGGCGGGGCUGGGGGCGCGCUGCGGCGGGGCGGCGGGCGGCGGCUACGCGCCCACGUGCCGCUACGGUGGGGGGAGCGUCAACGAGGCCAGCUGCCCCACGGAGCAGACGCGGCUGUCCAGCCAGGCCAGCAUGGGGGACGACGAGGAUGACGACGAGGAGGAGGCCGGGCCGCCGCCGCCCUACCACGACGCCCUCUACUUCCCGGUCCUCAUCGUCCACCGGCAGGUGGGGUGUCUGGGUCACAGCCACCGGCCCCUGCAUCGCCAUGGCUCCUGCGUAGAGACCUCACUGUGACCUCUGGCCCCUGGAGAGGCCCGCGCCGUCCUCCUCCUGCCCCUCGCCGGACUGUGCUCCCUGCGUGUAGCAGGGGGAGUCACGGUGGUGACAGGCUGUGCUGGGUGCGGUGGGGGGAAGGGGAGGGCGCGAGAGACCCCCCCCCAUCUUCCCUGUUCGUAAGGAGACAGGGUGGGAAGGAGUGGGCAGCUCCCCAAGUACCCCACCCUGGCAGAGACGUCUCUUCCAGCCCAUCCCUGAGUUCCUGAGGGGACACCCCAU